AUGACACGUAAGUGCCGGCCGCGGACACGCGUGGUGGGGACAGCGACCGGGCGAACCCCACGGGGAGGGCUUGGGGGCGAUUCCGUGCCGCCCCCCGCGCCGCGUGGGGGGUGUCCGCCGGUGGAUCCCCUGCCCCGCACCCCCCGCACCCCACACACCCCACACCCCACGGGACCGGGCGCGUCCACCCGCGUGGCCUCGGGCCACGGGCAGCUGCCGCCGCGCCUCAAACCGCAAACGGCCCCGGCGCACCUGCCCGCCCGCGGCGGCCGCGCCCCCCCGGGACACGCGCGCAAAACCCCCAGCCCCGGCAUUCCCGGGAGCACGGGGAUCCGCCAGCUCCGAGAAUCCCGGAAUCCCGGGAAAAGCAGGAACCGCAUCCCCGACAUCCUCGGGAUCCCCGGGAUCCUCGAUCCCCCCAUUCCUGAGCGCCGGGUGUCCCGGGACGUCCCAAAUCCCGGGGUUCGCGGCAUCUCCCGCGCCCGAAACUUGCCCCAAACCCCGCGAUUCCCGUGGCCCCCAGACCCCUGGAUUCCCGGGAUCCCCCGUGCCCCAAAUCUCCCCUCCUGGGCACCCCCAAACCCCAACCCCCCUCCCCACGCGUGUCCGUGUCCCGCAGGGGCUCCGUGGCGGGCGCUGCUGGCGCUGCUGGGGCUGUGGCCGGGGCUGUGGCCGGGCCCGGGGCUGGCGCUCGCCCCCCGCCCACGCCCCCCGCCCACGGACACGCGCGGGGACCUGGACAGCGUCAUCAACCUGGCCAAGGCCCUGCUCGGCGACACAAAGGCUUUCCUCGAGCUCCUCAAGUCCCGAUUCCCGGCCGAGGGGGAGCACAAGCUGGACUCGCUGCCCGUGCUGGCCAUGAGCGCCCUGGAGCUGCCCAACAUCCAGGCCUCGGCGCUGCUGCCCCGCCUGGGGUCUGACCUGCUGCGGUACCAGCGGCUCCUGGAAUGGCUGCGCCGAGCGGGAGGGGCCCUGCGGGGGCUGGAGCCGGACCUGGGGGCUCUGCGGGCGCGCCUCGAGCGCCUGCGGGGUCGCGUGGAACACCUGGUGUCCCGGCUGUCGCUGCCCCGCCCCGCCGCGCCCCCCCCGGCCGUGUCGCCGCCGCCGGUGUCGCCGUGGGGCGCGGUGCGGGCCGCUCACGCCGUCACGCGGGGGCUGCACCUGUACCUGGACUGGGCGGCGCGCGGGCUCGUCCUGCUGCGCAACCGGCUCUGA